AUGCUUGCCUUCAAAGCUGAAGAACCGAGCCAGUUACAGCUCGUCGAACGAGAAGAGAUCGACGACGAAGAAGACUUGUUCGAAGCCAUUGACAAACUUAUUUCCCAUGGAAUUAAUGCUGGAGACGUGAAGAAGCUUCAAGACGCAGGGAUCUACACCUGCAAUGGCUUGAUGAUGCACACGAAGAAGAGCUUGACUGGGAUCAAAGGAUUAUCGGAAGCAAAAGUCGAUAAGAUCUGCGAAGCUGCCGAGAAGAUAGUGGUGGAAUUGAAACGCUGUCAAUCACUGAAGCUUUUGGAGAAUUUAGGUGAAAAUCACAUUAUCCAUAUUUUCAUUAAGACAAAUUUCUGUUCAACAGUGCUAAGCACAUUAUACUUUUUCCUCGACAUUAAUUUAUCCGGAAAGACUCAGCUGGCACAUACUCUCUGCGUUUCUACACAGGCCCAGCCAAAGCCCAUUGAGAUUCGAUUUAAGUGCCGUCCUGAUCGUAUUGUGCCCAUAGCUGAGCGGUUCGGAAUGGAUGCAGGAGCUGUCCUUGACAAUAUUGUGGAUUCAGUUAUUGCUCUCUUUCGAGUGGAUUUCAGCGGAAGAGGAGAACUUGCAGAGCGCCAGCAAAAGCUGGCUCAAAUGCUCUCCCGGAUAAUAAAGAUAGCUGAGGAAUUCAAUGUUGCAGUCUACAUGACUAAUCAAGCUAACGACUAUAAGCUUAUUGCAGUCAUAGCCGACCCGGGUGGGGGAGUAUUCGUAACCGAUCCAAAGAAGCCAGCAGGAGGGCAUGUCCUAGCUCAUGCAUCUACAAUAAGGUUGAUGUUUAGGAAGGGCAAAGGGGAACAGCGUGUCUGCAAGGUGUUUGAUGCCCCAAAUCUUCCCGAGGCCGAAGCUAUAUCCUUCAACUGUUAUGAUACUUUCACUUCCUAUAUGUACUUGAAGAUUUUCACAUACAAAAAAUUAUUUGGCUAA